CUACCAGAGGACCCGCCACUACUUGUUGACACACUGCUGGUCGCUUACAGCCUGCAGUACAACGCCACAUGGUCCUGCGCAUUCUACCCACCGAACACAAACCGGGCACUGUUUACCUCUUAUCGUGAUGGCCGUCUGUAAAUUUUCUGUUUUGAGGACAUGUCGAUACUUGUGUCGUCUGCUACUAUACUGACGCAGAUGGUCGUGUCGCACAUCGUCCGAGGCCGCUUGAGUGAAAUAGUACGGAGCCAGCUGGUGAAGAGCUGCCUUCUGGAGCUGGUCGCUGCAGCGGAGAUGUGUGCCACCUCUACGGAACUGUCCAGAGUGGCUCGGAAUUGUGGGAUGCCGGCAUACAGUGUCUAUCUAUUCCUGAUCAUCUUGUGCCGAGACAGGACCUGGGGUAGCAGCGUCACCGCCUGCCCCUACAGCCUGCUGGAGGAGUACGUGGAGGUCGGUGCCAACCCCCUCCAUGUUGCACUCAAAGUUGUUGCUCAGCUUGCUGGCGGACUCGCGUCCAUCAAGUGGGCAAAACAUUUAUGGAUGACAGAGGUGGCAGAAGCACAGGGAAGCCUUAGGGUUGAUGACUGUCUGGCCGCACUUCAGGUACCUGUUGCUGUUGGCUUCCUGUUGGAGAGUCUCCUGACUUGCUCUUGUCGCCUCUUCUCGAGAGCCCUGGGCGAGGUAAAGCCAAAGUUUGCCUCUGCUAUCGACUCCUUCUUUGCCACCUGUAUGGUUCUAGUAGCUUUUAACUACUCCGGCGGAUACUUCAACCCGGUGUUGGCAACAAGCAUGAAGUGGAGUUGCCGCGGUCACACCAACACAGAGCACAUCAUAGUGUACUGGGCAGGCUCCACCAUGGGCGCCAUGCUCUCGGUCAGGCUCUGGAGCCUGGUCACCGUCAAGAGGGCUCUCGUUGGCCCCUUCACCUCUAAGGAUAAGAGAGUAACAUUCCAGAAACUAUCCACUGCUAUCUAUCCUAAUGGAAGAAUACUUGCGAAGAAUUAUUGACUAUCAAUAUAUCCAUGGACAGCUUGCUUUAGAGUAAGGUGAUCCAAGAAAAGUAUCAGAGGCUUAUACUUAUAAUAUAUACUACUAUUUUUCAUAUGAGAAGUAUCGCUAUUACCAUAACCACAUUUAUCUUUCUCCAAUGUACGCAUGAGUGGUUAUCUUGAGAAGAUUUCGGGGCUUAGCAUCCCCGCGGCCCAGUCCUCGACCAGGCCUCCUUUUUGUUACACAUCCCCCAAGAAGCAGCCCGU